CGUGACAUUACAGAAGCGUUAAGUGAGGCGGUGAAGAAAUACUCAACCGGAAAUGAUUUAUUUACUGGAAACAGUUAUUUUGUAAGCUAAGACAGUUUUGACCACCCUCCUGCAGCCAUGAUGAAAGCUCUGGGACAAGUUUUGUUCUCAAGUGGACUGCAGAGCCCCAAAUACUCAGAGGAGGAGAAGAAGGGAGAAGACUAUGAGAUUCGUACCUACCACGCCACCAAAUGGAUGAGCACCACUCUGAGUGGGAUGCAAUUGGAUGCAGCCAUGAACGCUGGCUUCCGCAGGCUCUUCAGCUACAUUCAAGGCAACAAUCACAACAAGGUGAAAGUGGAGAUGACGGCCCCUGUGACGUGCCGCGUGGACCCUGGAGCCGGCCCCACGUGUGAAUCUCAGUUCACUGUGUCUUUCUACAUCCCAGAGGAGCAUCAGGAGAGUCCACCGGAGCCGAGCGACCCAGAUGUGUUUGUGGAGCACAGGAAAGAGUUCACAGCUUAUGUCAGGACGUUAGGUGGGUUCGCCAACGAGAAAAUGAAGCGCGAAGAGCUCCUGAAACUCAUCGAGAGCCUGCAGAGGGACGGUCUCCAAUACGUCGACAAGCCGUUCUACGCAGCCGGGUACGACAGUCCCUUCAAACUCACCAACCGAAGGAACGAGGUCUGGGUCCUGAAAAAGACACCAGAGUAGGAAGAGUCACGCAACACUCUUUGCACUCUGUCAGAUAGGCACAUGGUGAAAGAAAGAAAUCUACAUCAUCAUUUGAUAACACUUAGCACAGCACUUCUUAAUGUCUAAAAGGAAUAUAAAUAAUUGCUUUUGUAGAAACGUGAUAAACAAAAUGGAAGUUUUUAAAGGUCACACUGACAUUUUUCCACAUGUUUGACUGUGUGUUUACUUUGACUGAAAGUUACUGAUUUAAACUCACUGAAAGUCUUGACCAAACAAAUGACAAGAAGAGCUCUAAGAGGUCAUUAUAAACAAAUAAACCUUAAGGGAAAACUGGAUACAGUGGACCAGUAUGUCCAGCAGGUGGAGCCAAGUAGUUAAGAAACAUAUCUCUCAUUUGGUGCAUCCUGUCAUGACAGAAACCACAAGUGCCUCUUUAUGUUUUCAUGACUGAUUUUUUAAAUGCACUAAUUUGCUGUUGCUUUUCAUGCAGUUGCUCUUGAAGGGUAAUUUCUGUGUCUUUUUCAACCUGGACCCUAUUUUCUUAUGCCUUUGUGUCGAAAUGACUAAUGGGGACAGCAGUUUUUGAAACUGGUCCAGGACUGAGCGAGAGGGCUGCAGCAAUAUAACCACUCACUGUACGUCCAUUAUAAGUGCUUGUUUUUGCCACUGACAGGCUCAGAUUGUUAUUCUAAGUGUCUGACAACAUUAUGGAGAUGGACCUUUUUGCUGAAGAGUAAGAUCAUUUUGUUUUACCAGAAACUGACCCAGAAUCGCCAAACCCACGAGGCUCCAUUUUAAAUAAACAGUCAUUUUAUCGCUGUUCCAACAAUCACCAUCUGGUUGAAAUAAACCCUUAAUGCUUCCACUUAGACGACAAAUGUGCUGCCUCUAUACACGCUAAAGUUAACCUUUAUUUAAAUGGAGUCUGGUGGCUGUGGCGACGGCGAUUUCGGGGCCGUUUCUGGUGAAACAAAACAGAUCUUACCCCUUGUACUUCGAAGCCAGUUCAACUUACCCAGGAUAUCUUUUCGUUAUCUGGUUUGACUAACCUGUCACAUUAGCUGUCUGGAUAACCGGUACUACAAAGCUGGUUAUCAGCUAGUUCACUCAACUCUGGGUUUUCCUAUCCAGCUAUGAGAAUGUUCAUGUGAAAGAGGUGGGGGUGGUAAUUAUGAACGACAUCAUCAGAAUGAAUGAAGUAGGCUGAGAUGAAACGGUACCAAAAGUGUCUGCGACUAUGAGACAGUAAAAUGUCAGUUAUGUGGGAUGUAAAUGAUUUUCUGUAAUCUUAUGACAUAAAAUGUAAAAAUAUUGAAAAUACUAUCUAAAAAAUUCACCGUUGCCCGAGACUUAAAUUACGCGCAGGUGCUGUGGGCCUAUGUGACAUUAGUACAGGGCAUUUUUUGCUAUGUAGUUGGAUGAUGAUGAAUCUACUCUGAAUAUGUCACAUAAAACACUUAAACAUAAUGUCAGACUGUUUCUGCUACUGAAAUAAAGGGUGGAAAAGUAGCCUAAAGUUAAUGACUGAUGAAGUGUAUCUGACCCAAAUGUGGCAUUUAUAAUAACAGGAGCCAGUUAACAGUGUGUGGAUUAUUGUUUUGUCCUAGUUCUCAUCAUGUAGGUAUAUAGCAAUAAAUGGGAUAUUCAUUUUUUUACCUGAGACUCUGGACUUUGGUCCAUGGAUACUUUUUUCUUCAGUGAUCUGAGGUCGGGGUGUUGGUAGCCUGUGAUCCAAUACUCCGGAGCAGGUUAGCUGUUAAGCAUAAGUUACCACGGUGAUUUAUUCUGGUAAAAAGGGAACCAGCUUCAUAGGACUGCAAACCCAGAGUUAACCCUGAAGUUACCUCCCUAACUUCAAAUCCUGCUUUGAAGUACAGGCCUAACGUCUGUCUCUGUAGGGAUCCUUUCCAUAAUGUUGUCAGACAUUUAUAAUAACAAUGUGAGCCUGUCAGUAGCAAAAAAAAGCACUUGUAGUGGACAUACAGGUGUGAACAUUCCCCGAGGGGUUACAUCGUAGCCUGUUUCGCAGCUGCCGGCUGCAGCGCUCUCACUCAAUACUGGCCCCCUUUUUAAAAGUGGUUGUUCCCAUUGGUUACUCAGACCCAAGAUAGGGUAAAGGUUGAAAAAUACCAACAUUUUCCUUUUAAUUAUUUGUGUCUUCAAGAUCACAUUUUUUUAGAAAAGUAAAACAUGCUCUCUUUUUGUUAGUGCAGCUCAGCAAGGAAACAUUGUUCAAGACAGAGGGGCUUUUAUUUUACAAAAGGACUCAUUUUAAUAUGGACAUUCACUUUACAUGUCGGACUCAGACUGUAGACUUUGUCCCGCGUCACUGACAUUGAGAUCUCCUUUGGACAGGAGGAAUCAUUACAGCGACCGAUCACGCUUUCAGUGUACAGAUGGUGUUGAGAUAAACUUGAAGGCAAAAAACGAACCUGUCCGUUAACUCUGUAGGUCACAUGCAAACACUGACAGCAGGUUCUUCCUCCUGUCAGUCAGUGUUGCUGCUGUGAAGGUGACUCUGACGGCCUGCCUGACAAAAUGUUGGUGGAGCCCCCUUAUCUGAUCUCAGACCUCACUUCCUGUCACCACUAUCGCACUUGAUACGAUGAGCAACUGAGUCAUUGUAAAUCUGGACCAGUCAUACCUGCGUUACUGCAGUCUCAACAAAAAACCUUUCCCCUGGAGUGUGUAGUUUGCCUAACAUCACACAGGCAGCUCAGACGUGGACUAGAGUCAUAUGACUUGGACACUGGUCUCAGUGACACUUUCUUUGGAUAGUUGGGAUAGUUUAUUGAGUAUUUGUCACAUUUCCUUAGUUUAUUAAUUGAAAUUCAGCAAUUUAGCUCUUUCACUUUGUGUGUAGUAGGGUGGCAACCAACAGUUAUUUUCAUUGUCAGUUAAUCUGACGAUUAUUUUUUCAAUUAAUACACUAGUUGUUUGAUCUAUAAAAUGUCAAGAGAAUCUUGAAUGAUGCGAUCAAUGUUUCCCUAAGUCCUCAAAUGUUUUGUUUUGUCCACAACCCAAAGACAUUCAGUUUACUGUCAUAGAGGAGUGAUGAAACAUAGAAAGCAACAGGAAAUAUUCACAUUUAAGAAGCUGGAAUCAGAUUUUUCUUUUUCUAAAUAAUCACUCAAACUGAUUGUUGAUUACUAAAUUAGUUGGCGAUUUAUUUAACAGGUGACAACUGAUGGAAUAGUCAUUGCAGCUGUAGUCUCUAGAUGUUUGAUUGUAGAAUAUGUUAGAUAAUUGACUACAUAUUCCAGCGUAAUCUAGAUCAGUGGUUCCCAACUACUUGAUUUGGCCAUGUCUUCGAGCUAGUUUACUGUCUCUGUUCAGUAGAUUUCCAUUAGUCACUCACUCCACAGCAGGAAACAGCACUAUAAAAUAAAAGCUCUGUGCUGGAAAUUCACUGUACUUCAAAAUAAAGUGUGUUUUUUACAAACUUGACAUGUUUGCAAGCCACUUGCGGUCCAUUCAGAAUGGACACGUGACCCACCUUUGGACUGUGACCCACCAGUUGGGAACCACUGAUCUAGUGGAACUUGAUUACUCAACCAAAUAGAUCAAAUUCAACUGAAUUAAUAUAAGAACAGUUGGUGAAUUGUCUCCAUUUACUGUACAGAUAAUUUGUUCAACAUCUACAGUAGAAAGUGAAACAACUGAAUUGUUGAAUCUCAUAAAAUAAGCUGUUGAAUUCUCUAAAUAAACUCUAUAAACUAUCUGUAGGUGGACUAUCCAGAUUAAGUGUCACCCAAGUCAGAAAUUUGACGACAUGAGACUUGACAAAACCACAAAGACUUGUACCUCGACUUGGACUGUAACACCAGUAACUCGGGGCUUCAUUUAGACUUGAGCCAUUUGACUUGAAAAUACCUGACACAUUCCUCUAAGCCCAAAGAUUAAAGUGUGCCAUACAAUGAUUCAUGUCCCGAAUCAACUUGCAUCAACACAAUUCAUCCCCACCAAGAUGACUCUAAAUUCUCCAGAUUCACUUUGUUUGAAGCAAUCCGACAGCAUCCGAUCAAGUUGCAGGAGAGAACCAUGAAGCACGUUACGUUACUGAGCGCCAUUUGAAAAAUGUGAUAAGAAAGAUGAUUUUGUUCGUGUACAGAAACUAUGCUGUGGUCAACAUAAAGAAUUGCAGCAUGUAAAAUGUGCAGGUUAUAACAGGCGGAGACACAACAACUUAUAAUAAAGUAAUUUUAACAAGUACUCUGUUGUUAAAAUGGCAUUACAUUUGGUGAAGAGCAUGUUAUGACUCAUUUAGGACUCCCAAAGUCAAAGUUUAGGACUUGAGACUUACUUAUGACUUGGCCCCACCUCUGUUGGUGGAUGUUAGAUAUUAACAAAGAGUGACACUUAUAAGCUAACAUUAACACUGUGCCUUUUUAAAUCUGAGUUAACGUCCUUUUACACAUUAAACCAUAUUAUCAUAUAUCAUGUUUACAUUCAGAGCUCAUGAUAGACGUCGUGUGUUUUUAAUGGUACUUAAUGAGGGAAUGAUGACAUAAGCACUGCACUGAUGUAUGAAUCAUGGGAGAUAUUACUUCCCUCCAAAUGAUGUUUAAGAAUGUAACAUUUAUUAUCUCAUCAAUAAUAAAUACACAUUAAUUUAUUACAAAAUUAUAAAA